UGAAGAGUGUCAAAAUUUCAGUGGAGCGAGUAAUAAAAAAUUAGAGAAAGUAAUGUUAAUCUAGCAGAAUUUUUUUUUUUUCAUUUGAAAUUUCAUUUCAAAAAGAAAAAAAAUUAUUUUUAAUAAGAAAAAAAUAAUUUAAGUUUGUGGAAUAUUUCAUCCUUUAAAUCUUAUCUUUAGUAUGUUUUGAAUUUUGACUUCAUUUUAAUUUGUUUGAAAAUUAAUAUUGCGAACCUUCAAGAAAAGAAAAAAAAAUAAUUAAGAUUAGAAAAUAGUAUUUUGAGGGCAACAAUGUUUCAAGCAUUGAAAAAAUUAACUUCAUCAAAACAAGAUGUUGUUUCACCAACAAAUUUGGAAUCAGCGACACCAAUGUCUGGAUCUUUGCAAAAAAAAUUUUCCAGGGGUGUUAAUUAUAAUAUGAAAGUAAUUUUAAAAGGUGAUCGAAACGUUGGCAAAUCAUGUCUAUUCAAACGUUUACAAGGUGGACAAUUUAUUGAAACUUACACACCUACGGAGGAAAUACAAGUUGCUUCAAUUCAAUGGUCAUUUAAAGCUACAGAAGAUAUUGUAAAAGUAGAGGUUUGGGACGUUGUAGACAAAGGUAAAGCCAGACCUAAACAAACUGGUUUAAAAUUAUCCACUGCUGCUCCGAUUCCUGAAAAUUUAGCAUUAGAUGCUGAAUUUUUGGACGUAUAUAAAGGAACACACGGUGUAAUUAUUAUGUUCGACAUCACUAAAGCAUGGACUUUUGAUUAUGUAAUUCGAGAGUUACCUAAAGUACCUGCCGACAUACCAGUUCUUGUUUUAGGUAAUCAUUGCGAUAUGUCUCAUCAUAGAGUUAUUUCAGUUGGACAAGCUCAAGAUUUUGUAGAGAGCAAUUUAGAAGGUCGCAGUUCUGAGAUCAUAUACGCUGAAAGUUCAAUGAGAAAUGGUUUUGGAUUAAGGCUUCUCCAUAAAUUUUUGGGACUUCCUUUUCUAAGAUUACAAAAAGAAACAUUUCUAGCAUUAAUUGAAAGAAAUGCUCGAGAUACAGAAAUAUGCAGGCUAGAAAUUGUUGAAUUUUUGAAUUGUGACGAUGCAAAUUAUAACAGUUUUCUUAAUAAACUGUCAGAUAAACGAAGACAAGUAGCUGAUUCAAAUUCUAGAGUCCCUCCGACAUCAAUUCCAAUAAGUAAUAGUUUAAUAAAUUCACCAGCUUCACCAAAUACACCUGGUAUUCAGACACCAGGUGCCAAUGUAAAUACUCCAAGUAAUUUAUUACGACCAACAAAAAGUAUAAUAGUAGGAGGUGGUCAACCAAUAGUAAUUCCGGGACAAAUUAAUAUAACACAAACAAUAAAUGAAAGUAAAUCCAUGACACAAAACAAUACAAAUAAUAAAAUUCAAGAAAGCUCAACAACGAAAGCUACAGCAUUGGUAUCAAGCCUCCUAAAAAAUGCUGAUGCUCAACAACAACAAAAGAACAAUUUUAAUGGUAGCAAUAAUGUUAAUAUAUCAGCUGAAGUUCGAAAAUUGUCAAUUGUUGAUCAAAAUCAAAAACUAAAUAGUUUAGAAGAAUUUUGUCCUGACGAUGGCGGUAAUUUAGAUCGAAAUUUCUUAGAUGAUAUUCCUAAUGUUAAUUCACCAGACAAUAUGUUGGGUAAUAAUACUGUUAACAUUAAUUCUAAUAACAAUGCUGAUACAGACAGCGAUAAUGACACUGUAAAUCCAUUAGUUGCAAGAUUCUACGAUGAACCGGAGGAUACAGAAUUUGAAUCGAAUGAUAUACAAAACUCAAAAUCCUUAAAUUUACCUCCUGAACAAAAAUCAACAAUUAAUACAACUAAAAUAAAUCCUUUAGCAAAAGGAAAGAAUAAAAGAUUAGUAGCUGAUGGCGGAGAUUUUCUUAAGCUUGAUAAUUUGCGUAAAAAUUCUUAUUCAAGUGAAGAAAUUCCCAGUAUAUCACCAGAUGAAUCUCAUCCAAAUAUACAAAGUUAUGAAGAAAAUUUAGAUAAUUGGUUAACUGAUACAUCUAUAAGAAGAUCACCAGAAGGUGGAGAAGAUACUGGUUCAGUUCCAAGUAUAAGUCAAGAUUUAAAUUCAUCAUCGGAAAGUAAAAUUAGUAAUCAAGAAAAAAAAUCAACAACUCAUCAUAAGAAAAAAAAAGAAAAGAAGGACAGAGAUAAAGAUAAAAGUGAAAAAAAAGAAAAGAAAAAGAAAAAACGAUCAAAAACAUCAGAACUAGAAGAUUUUUUAAAUGGAACUUCUGAUACAAAUAGAAUUGAAGAGGCUUAUGAAGCAAUUUAAUAAUUCAAAAUGACUUGAAGAAAUUUGCCAACAUUGUAAGUUUAUCAAAAAAGAAAAAUAAUAUUAAUUUUUUUUUCUUGGCUUUUUAACUAAUUGGAAAUAUUAAAGUACUUAAAAUGCUUAAGUACGUGUAUAUUGUUUAAGUUUUGCGUGUUUUAUGUAAAAUGAAGAACACAGAAUCAAAAACAAAACAAAGAAAUUGUAAUUUUUGUGAUAAUCUUUGUUGGUAAUUUUAAUUUAAUGGCAUUUUUUUUAAUUGCUUUGUACUCUUUAAUCAUUCCCUAUUUAAUUAUUUUAUUAUUAAGUAUCUUAUCUAUAAAAGAAUUUAUUGAAAGAAGACUUAAAAAUUUUUUUAUAUUUUUUGUAACCAAUUUAAUUUUUUUUCUGUUUUUUUUUUUUUUUUAAGGAAAUCAAAAUAUUAGGUCUCAGUUAUCCCAGCCUAAACUGAGAUUUAUAUAUUUUGAUUUUCAUUUUAUCUCCAAUUCUUUUCUAAGUUCUCUUAUAGCAAAAUUUAUGUUUAAUUUCCAUUAUUCUAAAAUUUAGUUAUUUA